AUGACCAGGGACGCUUACGUCCAGGCGGAAUUCGAUCACGCCAACACCCAGUACGGCGUGCUUGGUGGCAUCCAGUCUAUAUCGUCUCCCGGCUCGACUGAAAGGCCUGAAGAUCCCAGGCUAUACUUCAACACGAACGCGCCCUUUUCCACCGUCGUCUGCGGCGUCCAAGGCUCCGGAAAGUCGCACACUGUCUCAGUGAUGCUCGAGAACAUGUUCAUCGCCGGUUACCCACAAAUCGGCUCUCUCGAGAAGGAGCUCUCAGGACUGGUGCUGCAUUUCGGCGACGGGGGUAUGAAUUCCAGGCCGUGCGAGGCGGCGUGGCUCGGUGUCUCGGACGCACCUGGUGUCAAACCCCCGCCGGUGCGCGUUUUUGUGGCAAAGUCAUCGCUGAAUACUAUGCAGGCGAUCUAUCGGCCGCUGGGGAGCAACGUCUCUGUCCAGCCGUUGCUGUUCAAGCAGUCUGAGCUUGAUGCUGAGGCGUUCCUCUCUAUGAUGGCCGUCGAAUCAAGUGACUCUGCGCCGCUGUAUGUACAGGUGAUCCUGUCAAUAUUGCGGGACCUGGGAGAGAACUUUACGCCGGCUAGCUUCACGGCGAAAUUGGAGGAGCAGAAGCGCACCUGGAACCCUGCGCAACGAGGGGGUCUAGAACAGCGCAUGGCGCUCAUGAACACAUUCACGGUCUCCAAGAAGGAUGUGAAAACACGAGGACCUCUGUUCGCUAGAGGUCAACUUACCAUCAUUGAUCUUUCUAGUCCCUUCAUCGACCCUGCCUCUGCCUGCGGCAUAUUCGAGAUUGUGACGAGGCUCUUCCUGCGUGCAGACGUCGGGACCGGCAAGGUUCUAGUUGUCGAUGAAGCACAUAAGUAUCUCUCCUUCAAUGGUGGUUCUUCCGGAUUGACGAAUGCCCUGUCGACAUUGAUCCGUGAGCAGCGUCACCUCGCGAUGCGGGUCAUCAUUAGCACGCAAGAGCCUACAGUUGUCCCUGCGGUGCUUCUUGAUCUAUGUACCGUCACCAUACUACACCGUUUCUCAUCCCCGACUUGGUGGGAUCAUAUUAUCAAGCACGUCUCAGCAGACUUUGCAGGCGGGGAUGUCUUUGACAAGAUAGUGCGGUUGAGGACUGGAGAGGCCAUUGUUCUGGCGCCAUCUGGCCUCGGUACGUUCACUAGAGGGAAAGCCAACGGGGAUGAUAUGGUUCCGCCGAGGUCUCUAGACCAGUUUGGCCGCCGAUAUAUCCUGAUGAAGACUAGGAAGAGGGUCACUGCCGAUGGAGGUGCUUCCAUUCUGACCUUGAGGAAACGAGCGACCGCUACCAGUCGAGCUUGA